ACAAAGUAGAAGAGAAGAUAAUAUAGAAGCACACUGCAUACCACCCCCACCCACCCACUCGGGAUAUUAUUCUCUUUACUUCAAACUCAAAAAGAAAAAUACAAAGAGAAAAGUGAAGCAGAAAUCUCACUUGUUAUCCUACCAAAAUUCACUCUUUUUUCUACACAUUUCAAAUGUCAAGUAAUUUAUUGAUCCGGUGGAGAUAUUAGCCAAGAAAUGAUUUUCCCAUGUUUUUGAGGAGGCCUGUGAUGGAUAUUGAAGGCUGGAGCCCUGACCGUUCUAUAAAGAAAGAAUCAUGGAGGACUGUGCUGACAUUGGCUUACCAGAGUUUAGGUGUUGUGUAUGGGGAUUUAAGCACUUCACCUUUGUAUGUUUACAAGAGUACUUUUGCAGAGGACAUUCAACAUUCAGAAACUAAUGAGGAAAUAUAUGGAGUUUUGUCUUUUGUUUUCUGGACCUUAACUUUGAUUCCACUGCUUAAAUAUGUGUUCAUAGUCCUUAGAGCUGAUGAUAAUGGGGAAGGGGGCACUUUUGCUUUGUAUUCCUUGCUUUGCCGGCAUGCCCGGGUGAGCACUUUGCCUAAUGGUCAGCUUGCCGAUGAGGAGUUGUAUGAGUACAAGAAAGAUGGAAUCGCAUCCGGUAAUAGGGGUUUCGGUUUGAGAUUGAGAUCGACAUUGGAAAAACACAGAGUACUUCAGAGGAUGUUGCUUACUUUGGCUUUAAUUGGGACUUGUAUGGUGAUUGGAGACGGAGUUCUGACGCCAGCAAUUUCGGUUUUCUCUGCCGUGUCUGGAUUGGAGCUUGUUGUGUCAAAGCAUCACCACCAAUAUAUAGAAGUCCCAGUAGCUUGCAUAAUUCUGCUGUUCUUAUUCUAUCUACAACAUUACGGGACCCAUCGAGUCGGAUUUCUGUUUGCACCAGUAGUGAUAACUUGGCUUUUCUGCAUCAGUGCUAUUGGAGUGUACAAUAUCUUCCACUGGAAUCCCCAUGUUUACAAGGCACUUUCUCCUUAUUACAUGUAUAAAUUCUUGAAGAAAACCCAAAGAGGAGGCUGGAUGUCGUUGGGCGGGAUUUUGUUGUGUAUAACAGGCUCAGAAGCUAUGUUUGCUGAUCUUGGACACUUUUCGCAGUUGUCCAUCAAGAUAGCUUUUAGCUUUGUGGUCUAUCCAUCGUUAAUCCUUGCUUAUAUGGGACAAGCUGCUUAUCUUUCCAGACAUCACAUAAUCGAGAGUGACUACCAGAUUGGAUUCUACGUCUCAGUACCUGAAAAGCUAAGGUGGCCUGUUCUUGCAAUAGCUAUACUUGCUGCAGUAGUGGGAAGCCAAGCCAUCAUUACUGGGACCUUUUCCAUAAUUAAGCAAUGUUGUGCAUUGGGUUGCUUUCCAAGGGUCAAAAUAAUACACACAUCAUCAAAAAUAUGUGGGCAGAUUUACAUUCCAGAAAUAAACUGGACCUUAAUGCUGCUCUGUUUGGCUGUUACUAUUGGCUUUAGGGACACAAAACACAUUAGCAAUGCAUCAGGUCUCGCGGUUAUAACUGUUAUGUUGGUCACGACGUGCCUCAUGUCUCUUGUCAUUGUCCUGUGCUGGAACAGAAGUGUCCUCCUAGCUAUUUGCUUUAUAUUCUUCUUUGGUUCUGUCGAAGCACUCUACUUCUCAGCUUCGCUGAUCAAGUUCCUCGAAGGGGCUUGGGUCCCGGUUGCCCUUUCUCUCAUAUUUCUGAUUGUUAUGCACAUAUGGCAUUACGGCACGUUGAAGAAGUACGAGUUUGAUGUUCAGAACAAAGUCUCUAUCAAUUGGCUGCUAGGUUUGGGUCCUAACCUCGGGAUAGUACGUGUGCGAGGCAUCGGCCUCAUACAUACAGAACUCGUCUCUGGAGUUCCCGCCAUCUUCUCCCAUUUUGUCACUAAUCUCCCAGCUUUCCAUCAGGUUCUAGUCCUAUUCUGUAUUAAAUACGUCCCUGUGCCUCAUGUGAGACCCGAGGAGAGAUUCCUAGUAGGAAGAAUUGGGCCAAAAGAAUACCGAGUUUAUCGUUGUAUAGCCCGUUAUGGCUAUCGCGACUCUCUCAUGGAUGACGUGGAGUUUGAGAAGGAUCUCGUUUCUAGUAUAGCAGAGUUCAUCCGGUCAGAACAGCCAGGAACCAACGGGUCAUUAAGCGAACUUGAAAACGAAGAGAAGAUGGCUGUGAUAGGGACUACGUCAACACAUGCGAAAGGCCUGAAGAUUUGGGACGAUGACGAAGAUGUUUGCUCUGAAGAGCAGAGCACGACGGAGCUGACGGAAAUCAUCACUUCGCCAGAGGUACCGAGGAAGAGAGUAAGAUUUCUUGUCCCGGAAAGCCCACAAAUGGAUAGAGAGGCACGAGUAGAGUUGCAGGAAUUGAUGGAAGCAAGGGAGGCAGGGAUGGCAUUCAUACUUGGUCACUGUUACGUGAAAGCGAAGACGGGGUCGAGUUUGUUUAAGAGAAUGGUUAUCAAUGUGGGAUACGAUUUCUUGCGGAGGAACUCUAGAGCACCAACGUACGCUUCGAGUUUUCCUCGGGCGUCCACGUUGGAGGUGGGGAUGAUCUACCAUGUAUGAUCAUAGUAUGGUUUUUUUGUGAAGUUGGUUGAUUUACACACGAAUACUCUAUGUAAAUGAUAGAUUAUAUAUAUCCAGUACGAGGUGAAUUAAGGUGAAGAUAAGAGGUCUUUUA